AUGGAAAUCGUUCCUAGACCUUUUUUUGGUUUCACUCACAGUGCUCGUUUGUUUCUUUUCUUACAAGCUCAUCCCGCGAGUGAAUUUCAAUGUAUACAAAAGAGGCGAAAGAUGUUGAUGAAAAUAAGAAGCGAGAGUGUACAUAAUGUGCUGUUAUCAACCCUCACUUGUGUUGCUGAAGAUUUCCUUCGUUCACAGCACAAAUAA